AUGUUAAGCCCCAACCCGAUAACCAAGUGGUCACCGGCUCCAGCUAUCAGACCGUCUUCAUCUAUGCGUGGUCUUUUAGGCGACGAAGGUCAGAAGGAUCUGUCGAUCUGUAAUUCGUACUUCUGUUACCCAAAAAGCAUGAUCUUAUUGUGUUCCCGAUGUCCUCGCUUAUUUGCGGACGGUACACCAUUUUCCUGCUCAUUACCGGUCAUCUCGCUCUACGGAAUACUGAAUACUCCAGACCGGUUACCAACGGAUCGACAUCAACCCCACGCAUCGUUAAGUCUUCGCCGUGCUCUUAAACUGGCAGCAUCGACUUGUCAAUCAUGGGGGAAAAUUGAUGAUGGUGAGGCUUUGAUUCUUCACUGUCCAAGUAAAUCUUAA